GCGGGCCGGAAGUGUAGCGUUGCCAUGGCGAGGGCCGGGCGCGGGGCCCGCCCCCGCAGCACCUUUGGGAGCGCGGGGCCCACUGACCCGCGGAAGCCAGCGGACCCACUUGCGCGGCGGCCGGUGCGGGGCGCGAGGUGCUGGCAUUCGGGCAAGGAGUCCUAGAAGAGAGGCCUUCAGAUUCUGCUCUCAGCAAGCCUGUCAUCUAGUGGAAGAGACUGGCCGGGACACACACCCACGUGUGGAUGCUGCUGUGGGUUGGCAGCAGGGCUCAAGAGUGUGCCGUCAGGCACGUGAAUGGUUGAGUCUUCAAAGGAUCUUGCUGUUUCCCAGGUUGGAGUGCAGUGGUCUGAUCUCAGCUCACUGUAGCCUCUACCUCCCCGGUUCAAGAGAUCCUCCUACCUGAACCUCCCCAUGAGCUGGUACCACAGGUGCACACACCACCAUAUCCAGCUAAUUUUUAAAUUAUUUUGUAGAGACAGGGUCUUACUCUCUUGCCCAAGCUCGUCUUCAACUCCUGGGUUCCCGUGAUCUUACUACCUUGGCCUCCCAAAGUGCUGGCAUGAGCCACUGUUCCCUGACUGUUAAACCUUCCUGUGGCUGGAGACAGAUGGGGCUGGGCAAGGGCAGCCUCCCUUGCUCUUGGCUUGUGAUCUCUUUGGGUUUGGGUGAGUAGCUAUUGCCCAGGUGGGUUCUUGGCAGGCCCAGAGAUGCCAAUGACAGAGGGGUGAGGAUCUCACUUUGCCAGCCCUGUUGGGAAGAGGGUGUGGGCUGUGGGUGGCUGGCAGGGAGGGAUGGCUCCAUGCCAGAUAUGGUCUGCCUCCAGUCCUUAUGGAUGGGAGCUGGCAGGAUGCAUGCAGGACUGGCUCUCCCACCUCUCUGGUACCCAUGCUGUGUCUCUAGAGGGCAAGGGGAGGACCUGGGAGCCUGGGCAGGGUGUCUGGCCAGUGCGUAUGUGCCCUGGCCUCUGUAGUCUGCAGAUCUGGCCAGGAUUGGGAGCAGGUUGCUCGGAGGGAGAGUCACUGCUUGGAAAAGUGCUUUACCUGGCAGACAGCAAGCCAGGCUGGGGCUACUGGCCUUAUUGGCCAUGUCCUUAAGAAGCCUCUGAGGCCAGGCUCGCAGAGGGAGAAUAUGUCUGCAGUGGGCUAAACCUGUAAAGUGGGGCUCCCAGAUAAAUUGGGGGCCCUUGAGCAGGAAGGACCUGACUGGCUUAAUCUGACCUGGCCCAGGACAGUCCCCUUCCUGAAAGAAGGGGGCAGUCUCUGAAACCCCUGGCUGCAGGUCCAGCAAUGGAGUUGGGUCUGUGUGUGAAUGGCAAUGAGACCUGGCUGGGUGGAGAAUGGGACUCCUGGCAGUCAUCUGCAGAAGACGGAGCACUUUCUGAGGUGUGCAGCUGCCGGAAGAGGAGGUGCUCAUGAAGACGCUGUCGGCUGGCCCCCUGUGCCCUUGGUGCCCCGGCUGCCUUGAGAGCCUCACCCCUGGACCCUGGGGCCAGGACUCCAGGACUCUGACCACCUGCCCUCCCGAAGCCUCCCUGGCUGCGCCUCCUCAUUAGCACUGAUCUCAGGACACAGGGGACACAGCUGGGAGGUGUUGCGGGGCUGGGCCAUGGCUGCCCCCAGGCCCUACCCAGACUCCUGAGCCUAGAAGGUGAAAAGAGGGCUCUCAGGGACUCUCAGGGGCUCGCUGCUGAUUGGCCCUGCCCUCCCUUCCCCCUCAGCAAGGUGCCAGGAAGCUGGAACUUUGUUAUCUGGGUAAUUAGCUUCAGACCCUGGACUGAGGCCAGCCAGGUCUCGGGGCUGCUUCCCACAGGCUGUGCACCCUGACCCCUGGAGGGAGGUGAGGCGCUGCUGGUCGACAGCUGGAGGCCAGCCUGGGGAUCGGGUUCGGGGUGCCCUUCCACGCUGCCCUCCCUGCCCUGACCCACAUCCCCAGGGCUGCCUGGGCCUGGUUAUCGUGUGGGGCCUCCUGACCCAGCCAAGAGCACAGAGCUUUGGGAAGGGGAUGCCCCCAAGAGUGUCAGUCCAGUCAGCUGCCCCACCCCUCAGGCCCAGCCUGGCCCCCAAGCUCCCCACUCUGGUGCCCCGAGCAGCCCCGUGGGCAAUCAGCCCCCGCCAUGGCCGAGCACCUGGAGCUGCUGGCAGAGAUGCCCAUGGUGGGCAGGAUGAGCACGCAGGAGCGGCUGAAGCACGCCCAGAAGCGCCGUGCCCAGCAGGUGAAGAUGUGGGCCCAGGCUGAGAAGGAGGCCCAGGGCAAGAAAGGUCCUGGGAAGCGCCCCCAGAAGGAGGCAACUGACCGAGGGCCCCGGAAGCAGGUCCUCUUUCCUCCCAGUGUUGUCUUUCUGGAGGCUGCUGCCCGAAAUGACCUAGAGGAAGUCCGCCAGUUCCUUGGGAGUGGGGUCAGUCCUGACCUGGCCAACGAGGAUGGCUUGACGGCCCUGCACCAGUGCUGCAUUGAUGACUUCCGAGAGAUGGUGCAGCAGCUCCUGGAGUCAGGGGCCAGUGUCAAUGCCUGCGACAGUGAGUGCUGGACACCUCUGCAUGCUGCGGCCACCUGCGGCCACCUGCACCUGGUGGAGCUGCUCAUCUCCAGUGGUGCCGAUCUCCUGGCAGUCAACACUGAUGGGAACAUGCCUUAUGACCUGUGUGAUGAUGAGCAGACGCUGGACUGCCUGGAGACUGCCAUGGCCGACCGUGGCAUCACCCAGGACAGCAUCGAGGCCGCCCGGGCCGUGCCGGAACUGCGCAUGCUGGACGACAUCCGGAGCCGGCUACAGGCCGGGACAGACCUCCAUGCCCCCCUGGACCAUGGGGCCACACUGCUGCACAUCGCAGCAGCCAACGGGUUCAGCGAGGCGGCCGCCCUGCUGCUAGAGCACCGAGCCAGCCUGAGCGCCAAGGACCAAGACGGCUGGGAGCCGCUGCACGCUGCAGCCUACUGGGGCCAGGUGCCCCUGGUGGAGCUGCUAGUGGCGCAUGGGGCCGACCUGAACGCAAAGUCCCUGAUGGACGAGACACCCCUUGAUGUGUGCGGGGACGAGGAGGUGCGAGCCAAGCUGCUGGAGCUGAAGCACAAGCAUGAUGCUCUCCUGCGCGCCCAGGGCCGCCAGCGCUCCUUGCUGCGCCGCCGCACGUCCAGCGCAGGCAGCCGCGGGAAGGUGGUGAGGCGGGUGAGCCUGACCCAGCGCACGGACCUGUACCGCAAGCAGCACGCCCAGGAGGCCAUCGUGUGGCAACAGCCACCGCCCACCAGUCCGGAGCCGCCCGAAGACAACGAUGACGGCCAGACUGAUCCUAAGCUCAGGUCGCCGCCCCCAGAGCCUGAAUCCAAGGCCCGGGAAGUGGGAGGAGCCCCUGGUGGCCUCUGGGACCUUCACUGCCCCUGCCCGCAGGACGACAACCCCGAAGUGGCUAGGCCGCACAAUGGCCGAGUAGGGGGUUCGCCAGCCCGGCAUCUGUACUCCAAGCGACUAGACCGGAUUGUCUCCUACCAGCUGAGCCCCCCAGACAGCGCCACCCUCCACGCCCUGGUCCACAACAAGGCCCACCACACCCUGGCUGACCUGAAGCGCCAGCGAGCUGCUGCCAAGCUGCAACGAACCCCACCUGAGGGGCCCGAGAGCUCCGAAGCCACUGAGCCUGGCCUGCCUGGUGACAUGGAGACCCCCCAGCCUGACUGUGGCAUCAGGGCAGGCGGGGACCCACCCCUGCUCAAGCUCACGGCUCCAGCGGUAGAGGCACCUGUGGAGAGGAGGCCAUGCUGCCUGCUCAUGUGAGGCCAUUGCUCAGUGUGCAGGGUCCCUGUCCCAGGCACAGCCCAAGGCUGCCUCCCCACGGUGCACAUGGUCCAGUGCUGCAGGAGGGCAGCACAGAGCCCCAGCUUCUGGGCAGGACACUGGCCCCUCUCAGGGCAGAAGACAUGCCUGGGGACAUCUGGCUGCAAAGACUAUUUUUAUCCUGCGACUGUUGAUAAAGGGCUGUUUGCCAUGGA